CUGUCUUACAGCCUCCUCCUCUUCCUCCUGUGAGAAGCAGAAUUUCCGAGCAGCCCCUGAAUGCACCCUCCUCAUCUUCCUCCUGUGAGAAGCAGAAGUUCCGCGCAGCCCCUGAAUGCACCCUCCUCAUCUUCCUCCUGUGAGAAGCAGAAUUUCUGAGCAGCCCCUGAAUGCACCCUCCUCCUCUUCCUCCUGUGAGAAGCAGAUUUUCCUCCUCACUGCCCCCAGCAGCCUCAGACUUGGAUCUCUGGCGUCUCGUUGGCCCGAGACCUGGUUCUGGAUGUGAAGCCGCCUCACAGACCUGAUCCUGGAAGAGAAGCGUCCUGACUGCGGCGGCGUCUUCCAGUGGGAUGCAGCUGUGUGAUGGGAGGAUCCAGCGGACACGAUGGGCAACAAGCAGACGACCUUCACCGAGGAGCAGCUGGAGGCGUAUCAGGACUGCACCUUCUUCACCCGGAAGGAAAUCCUGAGUCUGCAUGGAAGGUACCGGGAGCUGGCGCCUCACCUGGUGCCCCUGGACUACACCAACAACCCCGACAUCAAAGUCCCCUUGUCGCUCAUCGUCACCAUGCCUGAGCUGAAGGAGAACCUGUUCAGAGACAGGAUCGUGGAGACGUUCUCUGAGGACGGACAGGGGAACAUGAGCUUCAACGACUUCGUGGACAUGUUCUCUGCUCUCUGUGAAACCUCACCCAGAGAGCUGAAGACGGUCUACGCCUUCAAGAUCUACGACUUUAACCGGGACAACUUCAUCUGCAAGGAGGACCUGCAGAAGACCCUGAACAAGCUCACCAAAGGGGAGCUGACGGCGGAGGAGGUCACUCUGGUGUGCGAUAAAGCCAUCGAGGAGGCCGACCUGGACGGAGACAGCAAGCUSUCCUUCGCCGACUUCGAGAACAUGAUCUCCAAAGCUCCCGACUUCCUGAGUAACUUCCACAUACGAAUAUGAGACUGGGUCUCUUACAUCGACCCUGUAGAGGCAGAGUCAGAUGUUUCACUGGAACCCGUUUCUGCCUCGAAUCAGUGCCUGUCCUUUCCACCGAGAGUCUUCUUCCCCAGAGGACCGAGACCAGAACUCUGAGCAGCACAGGAGAUGGUUCUGGAUCCUCCCGUCUCUUUCUGUAGAUGUUGUUCUUGCACAAAGCUGUCCUCUGGACUAAACCCACGCAGUCUGUGACAGUUUAAGACAAACAAGUAGGACGAUGCUGCAGAACUUCAGUGCUUUGCAGUCUGUCAGCGCUACAGACCGGACUUUAGUCUAAAAGCACACUUUUAAAGGGCAAACAGUGAGGAGCUAUGCAAUCUUUCUUCCUGAUGUGCAUGAUGUAAAUAGCUUCCAGCUGGUGAGUUUGUUUUAGUAAAGUGUUCUGGUGCACACUGACAAUCAUAGUAAUUUGUAGCUCAGUUGAUGGAAGGGCUCUUUGUCAUCUCACCUGUAAGUCUGGCUUUCGUACUCUGUCUCCUGCCAACAGGUAACUCUAUCAAACAGCUUUUCAAUGUUUUCUGGCUCGAGUCAAAUAAAAACAUUUUCUGUCCAA